UUCAGAGAAGAAGCAGAUGCGAGAGGCGCACGUAAAAUCCACACAAUAAAACCACGGAUAUGUCAACUGGGAUAAUUGGAUUAUGAGGAUUUGAGGAGGAGAAAUCACUUGAAUCCGGGAUUGAAUCGGACUCCUCCGGUGUUGUCGCCGCUAUGGGGAUAGACCGGCGGCGGAGAGCAUCGCUGGCUCUCACCUUGAACUUUCUGGCUUUGUUCCUGGCGGUGUCGGCUCUUGGAACGAGCCACUGGUGCGCCGGCACCCGCAAAGUGGUCAAGCCGUUCUGCACCGGUCCGGUAACGACCAAACAGUCGUUCUGCAUCAGGUUUAACAGCUCCAAUUUAAACGACACGCGGCUGGUGCAGUACAUCUGGGAGACCGGUGAGGACAAGUAUGUGAUGAGGAAGUUUCACACCGGGAUCUGGUUCUCCUGCGAGCAGAACAUCAACAUGACCGGUGAAAACUGCAGAAGUUUUAUCUACGUUGCACCUUCAAAUGAAAGAGGCGUUCUGUGGCUUUGCAUCGUCGCAGAGUGCCUGUACAUCAUGCUUUUGGCCACUGGGGGCGUGCUAAUGUCGAUCGAAGUGUGCCAGUUCGGCAACGUCAUCGACGGCCUGAAGCUCAAUGCCUUUGCUGCCAUAUUCACAGUGCUUUCAGGGUUGCUGGGUAUGGUGGCACAUAUGAUGUUCACAACAGCCUUCCAACUGACUGUCAGUUUGGGCCCAGAAGACUGGAAACCUCAGACAUGGGACUACAGUUGGUCAUACAUAUUAGCAUGGAGUUCCUUCACAGCAUGCAUGGCAUCCUCGGUCACCACCAUUAAUCGCUAUACCAAAACCAUCCUGGAAUUCAAGCACAAGCGACGGAACAUUGAGAAGAACUUAAAGAUCAAGCAGAAGCUAUUAGAGCUGGACGCUCCCGAGCAGGUGUGGGACAUGUACAUCAGCUCGGUGCCGAGUACCGCAGAGGAGCUGCUGGACCUUUCGUCUAACGGCCGAAAACUCUCCAACACCUCCAUCUUCUUGGACCUCAACGACCUGCCCGACCCGCAGGUUGAGGAGUACUGCUAGAUGGUUAGGGUAAUAGAUCAAAUGUUAACAUUGCACUUUCAUUUUUGUGAAUUAUUUUGGAUUAUUUAUGGACAGGAGGAAGUACACCACCAAUCAUAAGAAAUGCAGAUUGUAAUGUCUGAUUACAAAAGUGUUUUAAAGAUUUUACAGUAGCAGAUGUCUCUAUAGAAUAUGCUGAGUGCCUUUGCUCACAGCAGUAUGCGUUUCAUUAAAUGCUCAAAUAUGGCGGAAAACACAGACAAGACUGAAAAAGCAGUUUCUGCUCUUGCACCCUUCUUUAAAUUUAAGUGCUAUAUUCUAAGCCAAAACAACUGUUGUGUUUGAUAGAACAAUAUGUCUAUAUGCUGCCAUAGCAGAUUCAUGUCGCAUUAAGCCCCCGAACUAUUUUUAAUUUGUCUGUUUUACCCUGAAAACCCCUGUUUACAGACGUCGCGCAACCGCUUUUGUUUCAACCUAGCCAUAAAAAUCAGGUAAGUAAUUAUAUUUAUUAUUCAAAAUGUCUGUCAUUUUUAGCUUAGAAUUAGGGCUGUCAAAAUUAUCGCGUUAACGGGCGGUAAUUAAUUUUUUAAUUAAUCACAUUAAAAUAUUUGACGCAAUUAACGCACAAAUGCCCAGCUCAAACAGAUUAAAAUGAGAGCACAGUGAAAGGUGUACUUGUUGUGUUUUUCGGAGUUUUGCCACCCUCUGCUGGCGCUUGGGUGCGACUGAUUUUAUAGGCUUCAGCACCCAUGAGCAUUGUGUAAGUAAUUAUUGACAUCAACAAUGGCAGGCUACUAGUUUAUUUUUUGAUUGAAAAUUUUACAAAUUUUAUUAAAACGAAAACAUUAAGAGGGGUUUUAAUAUAAAAUUUCUAUAACUCGUACUAACAUUUAUCUUUUAAGAACUACACGUCUUUCUAUCCAUGGAUCGCUUUAACAGAAUGUUAAUAAUAUUAAUGCCAUCUUGUUGAUUUAUUGUUAUAAUAAAUACAAUACUUAUGUACCGUAUGUUGAAUGUACAUUAUAUAUCCAUCUUGUGUCUUAUCUUUCCAUUCCAACAAUAAUUUACAGAAAAAUAUGGCAUAUUUUAUAGAUGGUUUGAAUUGUGAUUAACUGCAAUUAAUUACGAUUAAUUCAUUUUUAAGCUGUAAUUAACUCGAUUUUAAAAAAUUUAAUUGUUUGACAGCCCUACUUAGAAUCAAUCAUUGAUGUCUAAUAUUUCGUUUAAAAAAAAAAAAA